GUUAGGGGUGUUAAAAAGAAUAAUGGGGGUGUGAAUAGUAUGUUGUUCGUUGUCAACGGUAUGAAGGUCGAGAGUGGAAUAUUGUAUGUAGAAAAAAUAAUCAAAAUUGAACGAGUUUCAAAUUCAACUCUCUAUUUCUUCAAAUGCUCCAAGUUUGCGUCAAUGGUAUGAAUUUUGAAUACAGUGAGAAGAUCUGGUAGGAAAAAGGCAAGAUCGAACACAGCUUCCUUUGAAAAAAUGACAGGGGAUGAAGGCCCAAGCUACACAGUAGAUGAUGCUCUAGUGGCUUUGGGUUUUGGAAAGUUCCAAAUUCUGGUGCUUGUUUAUGCUGGUGUUGGUUGGGUUUCAGAAGCAAUGGAAAUGAUGCUACUCUCUUUUGUAGGCCCUGCAGUUCAAGCUCUAUGGAAUCUUUCCCCUCAUGAAGAGAGUUUUAUAACCAGUGCGGUUUUUGCAGGCAUGCUAAUCGGGGCAUACUCAUGGGGCGUUGUUUCUGAUAGACAUGGAAGGAGGAAAGGAUUCCUUAUCACAGCGACAGUUACAUCCAUAGCUGGCUUUCUUAGUGCAUUUGCUCCUAACUAUAUAUUAUUAAUUGCCCUUCGUUCUGUGGUCGGUAUUGGUUUGGGAGGUGGACCUGUAUUAUCAUCUUGGUUUCUAGAGUUUGUUCCUGCUCCCAACAGAGGUACCUGGAUGGUUAUCUUUUCAGCAUUUUGGACUCUUGGUACCAUUUUUGAGGCCUCACUUGCAUGGAUUGUGAUGCCAAAUCUGGGUUGGAGAUGGCUUCUUGCGCUGUCUUCUCUUCCCACAUCUUUCCUUCUUCUGUUCUACAAAUUGACUCCUGAAUCACCAAGAUACCUAUGCUUGAAAGGAAAAACAGCUGAUGCAAUUGAAGUUUUGGAAAAAAUAGCAAGAGUAAAUGGAAGAGAACUUCCUUCCGGUAACCUUGUCUCUGACCAUGAAAUUGAGCUACAGCAAAUUGAUAACCCUUCAGAGGACGCACGCUUGCUCUCUCCGAGAACAAAUGAAAUUAAACAUCCUUUAGGAAUGGAUUCCAAUUUAGGUGGUAUCUCAUCAUUGUCGGUGCUUCUCUCACCAAAGUUGGCAAGGUCAACAGUUCUGUUAUGGGCUGUGUUCUUUGGUAACGCCUUUUCGUAUUAUGGCCUUGUUUUGUUGACAACUGAGCUGAACGGACAUAGUAAAUGCGUGUCACAUAAAUUGCAGACAGAGAAGUCCCAGGAUGUUAGUUACAAGAGUGUUUUUAUUGCCAGUUUUGCAGAGAUACCUGGACUCCUCUUGUCAGCUGUGGCAGUCGACAAACUCGGUCGAAAACUAUCAAUGUCAACUAUGUUCUUCAUCUGCUGUAUUUUUCUUCUCCCGUUAGUAUUCCAUCUGUCUGAAGGCUUAACAACGGGCCUUUUAUUUCUCGCUCGCAUUUGCAUCACAGCAACCUUCACAAUUGUGUAUAUAUAUGCACCAGAGAUGUACCCAACAUCAGUUAGAACAACUGGUGUGGGAAUUGCAAGUUCGGUGGGCAGAAUUGGUGGAAUGAUAUGUCCUCUGGUUGCUGUGGGUUUAGUACAUGGAUGUCAUCAAACUGCAGCUGUCCUUCUGUUUGAGAUAAUAGUACUUCUUUCAGGAAUAUGUGUCAUGUUCUUACCGAUUGAGACCAUGGGCCAGGAACUGAGAGAUAGUGUGCAAGUCUAAAGCAGACCAACAGCAAUACACAUAAUGUCUUGAAUUUUUGAAUCAUGAAAACAUACAAGCAAAUUGUUGUUCUGCCCUUGGAGAAGAGGAGCAGAACGCCAGUAGAAAACUGGAGAAGAAGCAAGUAUAGGGAAGUGUUCUGCUUUCUAAAAUACUUCUGUCAUUUUACUUCUUAUUUCAUUAUAUUUGAACCCUUUUAAUUA